CUCAGAUGUUCUAGGAAUUGUCUCUGAGAAUCUUGUCGCUGUUUCUAGCCUUCGUUGCCCUUUUCUCUUCAGCUCUCUGAAAAAGUCGAAAAUCGUCGUAAAUCACAAGCGAAGAUGUUUGGGAGGGCGCCUAAGAAAAGUGAUAAUACGCGGUACUAUGAGAUAUUAGGGGUGUCGAAGAAUGCUUCUCCUGAAGAUCUUAAGAAAGCUUACAAGAAAGCCGCCAUCAAGAACCAUCCUGAUAAGGGCGGCGACCCUGAGAAGUUUAAGGAGCUAGCUCAUGCUUAUGAGGUCUUGAGUGACCCAGAAAAGAGGGAGGUUUAUGAUCAGUAUGGUGAAGAUGCCCUCAAGGAGGGAAUGGGUGGUGGUGGUGGCAUGCAUGAUCCAUUUGACAUCUUCCAAACUUUCUUUAAUUCAGAUCCAUUUAGUAGAGGUAGCAGUAGGGGACGAAGACAGAGGAGGGGUGAGGAUGUAGUUCAUCCAUUGAAGGUGUCGUUGGAAGAUCUGUACAGUGGUACAACCAAGAAGCUCUCUCUGUCCCGGAAUGUUAUUUGUUCAAAGUGUAGUGGAAAAGGAUCAAAAUCUGGAGCUUCAACAAAGUGUUCCGGUUGUCAAGGUACUGGUAUGAAGGUGACAAUUAGACAGCUUGGUCCUGGAAUGAUCCAGCAAAUGCAGCAUCCUUGCAAUGAAUGCAAAGGAACUGGAGAGAGUAUCAAUGACAAGGACCGCUGUCCACAAUGUAAAGGUGAAAAAGUUGUCCCAGAGAAGAAAGUCUUGGAAGUUCAUGUGGAGAAGGGCAUGCAAAAUGGCCAGAAGAUUACUUUCCCUGGAGAGGCAGAUGAAGCGCCCGACACUGCCACUGGGGAUAUAGUGUUUGUUGUCCAGCAGAAAGAGCAUCCAAAGUUCAAGAGAAAACAUGACGAUCUUUUUGUCGAGCAUACUUUGUCUCUCUCUGAGGCACUCUGCGGCUUCCAGUUCAUCUUGACGCACCUGGAUGGAAGGCAACUUCUUAUAAAAUCAAAGCCAGGAGAAGUUAUUAAGCCUGAUCAAUUCAAGGCAAUCGAUGAUGAAGGGAUGACAAUGUACCAGAGGCCAUUUAUGCGGGGUAAAAUGUAUAUUCAUUUCACUGUAGAGUUCCCGGACUCUUUGAGCCCCGACCAGGUGAAGGCUUUGGAAGGAAUCCUUCCUCCAAAGCCACAAUCACAGUUGACUGACAUGGAGCUAGAUGAGUGUGAGGAGACAACAUUGCAUGAUGUCAACAUUGAGGAGGAGAUGAGGAGGAAGCAAGCUGCUCAGCAAGAGGCUUACGAGGAAGAUGAUGACAUGCAUGGUGGUGGAGCUCAGAGAGUGCAAUGUGCUCAACAGUGAUCCCUUGAAGAUUUUUAGGACGAGAUGAUUUUCUACUUUCUCAAAUGCCAUGAGCUUAUAAGAGUUGCUGUUCAUGUAUUUGCUUUGGCAGAUUAAUCUAGUUUUGUCUGCAGUUGUUGAUCUUGAAGGAGAGAAUUUACUUGGCACAAUUUGCUCCUCUUGCUUUCUUUUUUUUCCCCUUUUUCUUGGGGAGAAACAAUUGGGCUUUUGGCAGAAAAGAUCAGUAGUAGCAGUUCCCCUGGUCUAGAAAAGUACUAUGUUUUUGCACACUGAUUUUACAAAAUCUGUCUACUGACGAAAGAAACUGAACUGUUAUUGGUGCAAGAUUUCCUUUACUAAAUGUGUUGAUCUAA